AUGAUAACCACCUCUUUGCAAAAACUAAACGCUACUUAUUCAAUUUUUGGAAAGCAAGCUAAGCGUCAAUUUUCUAUAGCAACCUCUUGUGGUAUAGUUGGAUACCCUAAUAUUGGAAAAUCAACAUUAUUCAAUGCAAUGACAAGAACUCAGAUGGCAUAAGCUAAGAAUUAUCCAUUCUGCACAAUUGAUCCAAAUGUAGCGAAGGUGGCAGUCUUUGAUAAAAAUGUUAGAGCAUUACAAAAGGCUUGCUAACCUGAAAAGACUACCCCUGCCUAGAUAGAAAUGUGGGAUAUUGCAGGACUAAUUAAAGGUGCAAGUGAAGGAGCAGGUGCUUCAGUGAUAUCAAUGUUAUUCAUGUUGUAUGAAAAUUUAUUUCUUAAUAACAACAUAAAGGAAGAUGUGACUAAUCUCGAUCCAAUUUCAGAAAUGGAAAAUGUAUAAACUGAGUUGAUUUUAUCAGAUCUUGAAAUAUGCCACAAGAAAAAAACAAAAUAAAAUAUUUGGGAUAGAGUAUUUAAAUCACUUGAUAAUGGAGAGCCAGUCAGAUCAAUAAAUUUUGUGCAUGACGAAGUAGCUAUAGUUAGAUAAUUGCCUUUGAUCACAGCAAAACCUAUAGUUUAUGCUUGCAAUAUUGAUGUUGACUCUGCUUAAAAAGGAACAAAUGAAUUGGCUGAGAAAUUCAAAGCAUACGUAAACAAUAAGUAUCCGAAUGUACCAGUUGUGAUAUUAUCAGCUUUACUUGAAAGUGAUAUUGUUUAAAUGAGAAACGAUGAUGGGGAAGAAUCAGCUAAAGAAUUUAUGUCUGCCUAUGGAAUGGAGGAAAGCUAAUUAGAUUUGCUUUUAGAAUAAUGUAGUGAUAUAUUGUCACUGUAAAAGUUCUACACUGCUGGCCCAACUUAAGUCAGCUCAUGGUUCAUUGAAAAAGGGUCAACUGCCCCUUAAGCAGCUGGCAAAAUUCACUCAUCCUUUGAAACCAAGUUUAUUUGUGCAGAAAUUUGUAAGGUUGAAGAUUAUGAGAAACAUGAAACUGAAGAACAAAUCAGAAUAAAAGGAAAAAUGAAUAAAUUCGGGAAAGACUAUGUAAUGCAAUAAAAUGAUGUAGUUUUUUUUCAUCAUAGUGCUAAAUGA